GCAGAGUGCGGGCCGGGCGGGAAUGCGGCGAGAGCCGGCUGGCUGAGCUUAGCGUCCGAGGAGGCGGCGGCGGCGGCAGCGGCGGCGGCGGGGCUGUGGGGCGGUGCGGGAGCGAGAGGCGAGGAGCGCGCGGGCCGUGGCCAGAGUCUGGCGGCGGCCUGGCGGAGCGGAGAGCAGCGCCCGCGCCUCGCUGUGCGGAGGAGCCCCGCACACAAUAGCGGCGCGCGCAGCCCGCGCCCUUCCCCCCCGCGCGCCCCGCCCCGCCUCACCUGCCACCAGGGAGUGGGCGGGCAUUGUUCGCCGCCGCCGCCGCGCGGGGCCAUGGGGGCCGCCCGGCGCCCGGGGCCGGGCCUGGCGAGGCCGCCGCGCCGCCGCUGAGACGGGCCCCGCGCGCAGCCCGGCGGCGCAGGUGAGGCCGGCCGCGCCAUGGUGGACCCGGUGGGCUUCGCGGAGGCGUGGAAGGCGCAGUUCCCGGACUCAGAGCCGCCGCGCAUGGAGCUGCGCUCAGUGGGCGACAUCGAGCAGGAGCUGGAGCGCUGCAAGGCCUCCAUUCGGCGCCUGGAGCAGGAGGUGAACCAGGAGCGCUUCCGCAUGAUCUACCUGCAGACGUUGCUGGCCAAGGAAAAGAAGAGCUAUGACCGGCAGCGAUGGGGCUUCCGGCGCGCGGCGCAGGCCCCCGACGGCGCCUCCGAGCCCCGAGGGUCCGCGUCGCGCCCGCAGCCAGCGCCCGCCGACGGAGCCGACCCGCCGCCCGCCGAGGAGCCCGAGGCCCGGCCCGACGGCGAGGGUUCUCCGGGUAAGGCCAGGCCCGGGACCGCCCGCAGGCCCGGGGCAGCCGCGUCGGGGGAACGGGACGACCGGGGACCCCCCGCCAGCGUGGCGGCGCUCAGGUCCAACUUCGAGCGGAUCCGCAAGGGCCAUGGCCAGCCCGGGGCGGACGCCGAGAAGCCCUUCUACGUGAACGUCGAGUUUCACCACGAGCGCGGCCUGGUGAAGGUCAACGACAAAGAGGUGUCGGACCGCAUCAGCUCUCUGGGCAGCCAGGCCAUGCAGAUGGAGCGCAAAAAGUCCCAGCACGGCGCGGGCUCGAGCGUGGGGGAUGCAUCCAGGCCCCCUUACCGGGGACGCACCUCGGAGAGCAGCUGCGGCGUCGACGGCGACUACGAGGACGCCGAGUUGAACCCCCGCUUCCUGAAGGACAACCUGAUCGACGCCAAUGGCGGUAGCAGGCCCCCUUGGCCGCCCCUGGAGUACCAGCCCUACCAGAGCAUCUACGUCGGGGGCAUGAUGGAAGGGGAGGGCAAGGGCCCGCUCCUGCGCAGCCAGAGCACCUCUGAGCAGGAGAAGCGCCUUACCUGGCCCCGCAGGUCCUACUCCCCCCGGAGUUUUGAGGAUUGCGGAGGCGGCUAUACCCCGGACUGCAGCUCCAAUGAGAACCUCACCUCCAGCGAGGAGGACUUCUCCUCUGGCCAGUCCAGCCGCGUGUCCCCAAGCCCCACCACCUACCGCAUGUUCCGGGACAAGAGCCGUUCUCCCUCGCAGAACUCGCAACAGUCCUUCGACAGCAGCAGUCCCCCCACGCCGCAGUGCCAUAAGCGGCACCGGCACUGCCCGGUUGUCGUGUCCGAGGCCACCAUCGUGGGCGUCCGCAAGACCGGGCAGAUCUGGCCCAACGAUGGCGAGGGCGCCUUCCAUGGAGACGCAGAUGGCUCGUUCGGAACACCACCUGGAUACGGCUGCGCUGCAGACCGGGCAGAGGAGCAGCGCCGGCACCAAGAUGGGCUGCCCUACAUUGAUGACUCGCCCUCCUCAUCGCCCCACCUCAGCAGCAAAGGCAGGGGCAGCCGGGAUGCGCUGGUCUCGGGAGCCCUGGAGUCCACUAAAGCGAGUGAGCUGGACUUGGAAAAGGGCUUGGAGAUGAGAAAAUGGGUCCUGUCUGGAAUCCUGGCUAGCGAGGAAACUUACCUGAGCCACCUGGAGGCACUGCUGCUGCCCAUGAAGCCUUUGAAAGCCGCUGCCACCACCUCUCAGCCGGUGCUGACGAGUCAGCAGAUCGAGACCAUCUUCUUCAAAGUGCCUGAGCUCUACGAGAUCCACAAGGAGUUCUAUGAUGGGCUCUUCCCCCGCGUGCAGCAGUGGAGCCACCAGCAGCGGGUGGGCGACCUCUUCCAGAAGCUGGCCAGCCAGUUGGGUGUGUACCGGGCCUUCGUGGACAACUACGGAGUUGCCAUGGAAAUGGCUGAGAAGUGCUGUCAGGCCAAUGCUCAGUUUGCAGAAAUCUCCGAGAACCUGAGAGCCAGAAGCAACAAAGAUGCCAAGGAUCCAACGACCAAGAACUCUCUGGAAACUCUGCUCUACAAGCCUGUGGACCGUGUGACGAGGAGCACGCUGGUCCUCCAUGACUUGCUGAAGCACACUCCUGCCAGCCACCCUGACCACCCCUUGCUGCAGGACGCCCUCCGCAUCUCACAGAACUUCCUGUCCAGCAUCAACGAGGAGAUCACACCCCGACGGCAGUCCAUGACGGUGAAGAAGGGAGAGCACCGGCAGCUGCUGAAGGACAGCUUCAUGGUGGAGCUGGUGGAGGGGGCCCGCAAGCUGCGCCACGUCUUCCUGUUCACCGACCUGCUUCUCUGCACCAAGCUCAAGAAGCAGAGCGGAGGCAAAACGCAGCAGUAUGACUGCAAAUGGUACAUUCCGCUCACGGAUCUCAGCUUCCAGAUGGUGGAUGAAUUGGAGGCAGUGCCCAACAUCCCCCUGGUGCCCGAUGAGGAGCUGGACGCUUUGAAGAUCAAGAUCUCCCAGAUCAAGAGUGACAUCCAGAGAGAGAAGAGGGCGAACAAGGGCAGCAAGGCCACAGAGAGGCUGAAGAAGAAGCUGUCGGAGCAGGAGUCGCUGCUGCUGCUUAUGUCUCCCAGCAUGGCCUUCAGGGUGCACAGCCGCAACGGCAAGAGUUACACGUUCCUGAUCUCCUCUGACUAUGAGCGUGCAGAGUGGAGGGAGAACAUCCGGGAGCAGCAGAAGAAGUGUUUCAGAAGCUUCUCCCUGACAUCCGUGGAGCUGCAGAUGCUGACCAACUCGUGUGUGAAACUCCAGACCGUCCACAGCAUUCCGCUGACCAUCAACAAGGAAGAUGAUGAGUCUCCGGGGCUCUAUGGGUUUCUGAAUGUCAUCGUCCACUCAGCCACUGGAUUUAAGCAGAGUUCAAAUCUGUACUGCACCCUGGAGGUGGAUUCCUUUGGGUAUUUUGUGAAUAAAGCAAAGACGCGCGUCUACAGGGACACAGCUGAGCCAAACUGGAACGAGGAAUUUGAGAUAGAGCUGGAGGGCUCCCAGACCCUGAGGAUACUGUGCUAUGAAAAGUGUUACAACAAGACGAAGAUCCCCAAGGAGGACGGCGAGAGCACGGACAGACUCAUGGGGAAGGGCCAGGUCCAGCUGGACCCGCAGGCCCUGCAGGACAGAGACUGGCAGCGCACCGUCAUCGCCAUGAAUGGGAUCGAAGUAAAGCUCUCGGUCAAGUUCAACAGCAGGGAGUUCAGCUUGAAGAGGAUGCCAUCCCGAAAACAGACAGGGGUCUUCGGAGUCAAGAUUGCUGUGGUCACCAAGAGAGAGAGGUCCAAGGUGCCCUACAUCGUGCGCCAGUGCGUGGAGGAGAUCGAGCGCCGAGGCAUGGAGGAGGUGGGCAUCUACCGCGUGUCCGGUGUGGCCACGGACAUCCAGGCACUGAAGGCAGCCUUCGACGUCAAUAACAAGGACGUGUCGGUGAUGAUGAGCGAGAUGGACGUGAACGCCAUCGCAGGCACGCUGAAGCUGUACUUCCGUGAGCUGCCCGAGCCCCUCUUCACUGACGAGUUCUACCCCAACUUCGCAGAGGGCAUCGCUCUUUCAGACCCGGUUGCAAAGGAGAGCUGCAUGCUCAACCUGCUGCUGUCCCUGCCGGAGGCCAACCUGCUCACCUUCCUUUUCCUUCUGGACCACCUGAAAAGGGUGGCAGAGAAGGAGGCAGUCAAUAAGAUGUCCCUGCACAACCUCGCCACGGUCUUUGGCCCCACGCUGCUCCGGCCCUCCGAGAAGGAGAGCAAGCUCCCUGCCAACCCCAGCCAGCCUAUCACCAUGACUGACAGCUGGUCCUUGGAGGUCAUGUCCCAGGUCCAGGUGCUGCUGUACUUCCUGCAGCUGGAGGCCAUCCCUGCCCCGGACAGCAAGAGACAGAGCAUCCUGUUCUCCACCGAAGUCUAAAGGUCCCAGUCCAUCUCCUGGAGGCGGAAAGAUGGCCUGGAAACCUCUGGCUAAUCGGGCCAUCCGUAGAGCGGGAACCUUCCUGAGGUGUCCUUGGGCCACCCCCAAGUGUUGGGCCAUCUGCCAAGAGACAGCGACCCAAAGCCGAAGGACAGGUGGACUGGACAGAUCCCGCCCAGGUCUGGGAGCCCCAGGCUGGCCUCAGACUGUGGUUUUUUAUGUGGCCACCCGAGGGCGCCCCAAGCCAGUUCAUCUCAGAGGCCAGGCCUGGCCCUGGGAGACAGGGUGAAGGGAGUGGUUUUUAUGAACUUAACUUAGAGUCUAAAAGAUUUCUACUGGAUCACUUGUCAAGAUGCGCCCUCUCUGGGGAGAAGGGAACGUGACUGGAUUCCCUCACUGUUGUAUCUUGAAUAAACGCUGCUGCUUCAUCCUGUGGGGGCCAUGGCCCUGUCCCUGUGUGGGUGGGGCCUCUUCCAUUUCCCUGACUUAGAAACCACACUCCACUUAGAACAGGGUUUGAGAGGCUUGGUCAGCACUGGGUAGCGUUUUGACUCCAUUCUUGGCUUUCUUUUUCUUUCCAGGAUUUUUGUGCAGAAAUGGGUCUUUUGUUGCCGUGUUAGUCCUCCUUGGAAGGCAGCUCAGAAGGCCCGUGAAAUGUCGGGGGACAGGACCCCCAGGGAGGGAAUCCCAGGCUACGCACUUUAGGGUUCGUUCUCCAGGGAGAGCGACCUCGUCCCCCGAUCCUGACCGCCCUUCCGGCCCACACUCUCCUGUUUGGCUUCCACAGGCCUGGACUUCUCUGGCUUCUCUGCCCACACACUCCCUGCCCCCAGUGUCCCUGCCCCUGCCCCAGCACAGGUGACUUCAUUUCUGUCCUCUCAGCUCAGUGGACUCACUCAACUUUUGUAUAAGUCUCCACUUGGUGGUAGCAGCUUGCUGAUGACUUGUUUUAAAACUUUCAUCCUAAAUAACCUUUUGAUACUUGAAUAUUUUUAAGUUUUAUACAUAGUUUCUAAUUUUUUUCCGAACAGAUCCAGAUACCUAAUAAGAUGCUGGAAUGUAAUCCCUGGACAGUCCGUGUCCUGGCAGCAUUUGGUCUUCCUCUAAGCGCCUGGCUCCGCUGUUCUCAGGAGUGGGUUCUGAAGUCUCUGGAGAACAGGAUACAUGGAGGGUUAGGAAGGGGCCAGGCCUAGAGAUGGGAGACUCCCUCCCGGAGCAGGUGGAGGCACAGGACCAUUUGCUACCCCAUCUGCCGGCACUUGCGGGGGAGCCCAGGCAUUCUUUGUAAGCCCUCCUGACCACCUGGCUCAAAGAAAACAGAAGCAUGGAGGCCACCAAGUAUUUUCAAGAAAUAACCCCAUGAAUAUUGCAUCACUUUUUUAGAAAGAGGGGCUUGGGGCAGGCAGAGAAGAGAAGGGAGAGCAAACUGAGAGCCAAGUUUCCAGACAGUCCUGCAGGAGGAGAGGAUGCAGCUGCCCAGAGGGAAGCAGGAUCACAUUUAAGGAAGUGUGUGGGGUCCCUGGAUGACACCAGCACCCAGUGCGGCUCUGUCUGGCAACCUCUCCCAAGGUGGGAGGAGUGGGUGUCCCCUGUGUGUCAGUGGGCAGCUCCUGCUGAACCCGCAGCUCACUAGGGAGCCUGACAGUGGGGCCAUGCGCCUGACACUCCUCUCUGCUUGUGGACCUGGCAAGGCAGGGAGCAGAAAACAGAGCCACUUGAAGGCUUUCUGUCUGCGUCUUUGUGCAGUGUGGAUUUAGUUGUGCUUUUUUCUUGCUGGGAGAGCACAGCCACCAUUUACAAGCAGUGUCACCCUCAUGGGUGGUGAGGACAGAACAGGAGCCUCUGCUCUCUGUACCUAUCUGGGCCCGGUGGGCUCCCCUGUCCUGGCUUCCAUCUCUGUCUCAGCGGCCAUUCAGCCCUGCACAGGAACACAUGUUGCUUAGAAAAGCCAAAUCCAGCCUUGUCUCUGCCUCCUCUGGUCUCAUGAUGUGCAUCUGUUACCUUGAAAUUGGAAACCAGUCUAUCAAUGUCUGUGCCAAUUUUUUAUUCCCUCCCCAACCUCCUUCCCCAUACGACUUUUUAUUUAUGUAGGAUGUGUGCUGUCUAAUGAUGGGAUGACCACACUUUUCCGUGUUCUAAAAGUGCUCCUCUCCCGCAGGGUCCCAGGGCUGGUGGUUGCUUUGGGUCUACAGCUAUGUCUUACCAGCCUCCUGCCUCAAAAGCCUGUGUGGUGGCAAAGCCGGUGUGGGGCUGGGGAACGCAGCAUUCUCCAGGAGGGGGACCCGGCUCUCCUUCUGCAAUGCAGGCAAAGGCCUAGAUGCCAGUGUGACCUCCCACAAGGCAUGGCUUCCAGACUCCCCGACCAGAAGUGAUGCUUUUUUGCCUCGGGCCCUGGGUUUGAAGCAGCCUGGCUUUCUCUUGGUAAGUGGCUGGUGUCUUAGCAGCUGCAAUCUGAGCUCAGCCACCUACACACCACUGUGGCCGACACUUUCAUUAAAAAGUUUCCUGAGACAA